AUGAGCGCCCCCGAUGAGGUGUCCAUCUGUGGAGCGGGUUUCGGGGAGGAGGGUGGGGAGCAGACCGGCGUCCGCCCUGCCAGCCCCGGAGCCCCGCGGGGCCCACAGGGACUAGGUGUGGAUCUGGGGCCGCCACCCAGCAGUGAGGGCGAGGGCGGGGUCCCAGACCCCGAGGGCUUCGAGUCCGAGCGGGAAGUGACGGAAACGGGAGGGCCGGUGUUCUGGGACCUAGAAGGCCGCCCCGGCUCCCCGACCGACCACACGGGGGACGCCCUGGACUGCGCGUCCCACCUUGCGGACGAGGCCGUGGCAGCCAUCGUGCAGUAGCUGACCAACCAGGAUGGCCUGGGCGUGCGGAGAAACCCGUACCCGGAGGGCUGCGUCGUGGAGGCGGGCCUGGAGGCAGGGCCCCAAGGGAGAGGCGCGCUUGCCCUUAGCCGCAGAGAGUCGCAGCCGCCUGCCGCCGCCCUUCUCCGCCUCGGUGGGCCCGAGGGAGGCCCGGCCUGGGCGAACCCGAAAAGAAGCACGAAGAGCAGGUCGAACGUCGCCGUGGUGGAUCGCCAGCGGCCCUCCGCCGAAAGCGAGCUGCUUUCCCACAGCGAGUCAGCAGAUGAGUUUAGUGAGAUACAGCUGAUGAGGGUGAGCAUUUACGCCAAAGGAGGAGGCCAACUCAAGCCCAAAAGCCCCGAGGAUCCCUGGGACACACCCAGACACUCGAAAUUCCAUGUCAGGGAGAAUUUCCUCCACAUGCUUGGCUCUUUCCCGUCCUCCGCUCCCCGAGGAGUCACUUCGGUUGUGGAGAGUCAGGUCGUUGGAGAGCUGGACAUCUCCUCCUCUAGGAAAAUGCAGAGCGUGGUCAGGGGGAAGCGGGGGGGGGGGGGGGGGGGGAACAGGCCCAGCUACCCAAGAUCUGCUGCUGCUGGCGGCCUGCCCCGGGCCACCCCUAAGAAAAAGGUGGCCCAGGAGAAGAAAUCCAGGGGAACCUCAAAUGUUGCCCUGGGGAGAAUGUUCCCUUCCUGGGGGCAGAGAGUCUCCGCGGCACCCCUGGAACCAGCUGCCUUCCCCCCAGUAACUGGUGUUCCGCUGCUUGGGAGGUCCAAGAGGUAUUCCUUGGUCCCUCCGGGAACCAAACAGUCCAAGCACACCCCUGCCGGGAAGAAAUCUGUCGCCAGGAGGACUCAGAAGGCGGAGCCGGUGGUGGCCGGAGAAGACAAUGACUCAAACAGACGCUGUCCCAAAGCCCCCCAGUUUCAGGGAAGCUCACAGCCCUUGGCUCCGAGCCAGGGAGACGUCAUGCCCAGAGAGCCCGCACCCUCGGAUGACCAGGAAGCGCUUGUCCACCCCCCAAGACCGGAAAGGCAGCAGCAACCACCUGGAGCACAGGGCUGUCCUCGGCAUCUCCUGCUGCAGAGAGAAGUUGACAACCUGAAAGAGCAACUUGCGGCCCUGCAGUCCCUGACUGACCAGUUCCAGACCCUUUGA